AUGAAGGCGGCAAGUGAGGAUGAUGUGGUGUUUGAGUGCGGGCCCUGGUGCUCCUGUGCCCAGCUGCCGCACCGCAUGGCCUCACCUACAACCCCCCGCAUAGCCACCUGCGAGGUCGAAACAGCAUCAGCGGCAGCACCAGCGGCAGCAGCGGCAGUGGAAGGAGGAGCUACUCUCACCACUGCGUGUCCCACAUGCCCCAACCGCAGCAGUCAGCGGGGCGUGCAGUGGGACUUGGCAGUGGUGUGGAGUGGUAGCAAGGGGUGGACGCUCGUGGCCCAGGAGAGAAUUCCUCGCGGUGCCUUCAUCUGCCAAUACGCGGGCGAGGUGGUGAGUGCAGGGGAAGCAAGUGCGAGGCAAGCUCUGUACGAUGCUGCAGGCUUGCAUGCAAGCGCACUCCUGCGCACACAGAUCGACCCCUCUCGCAUCGGCUCCUUGGGUAGAUUCAUGAGCCACGAGUGCGGGGGUGGGAACGUGGCUCGCGUGGUGGUUCGGCAGGCAGGCUGCCUGCUGCCUGCUGUUGGACUUGUGGCUCAGAGGGAGGUUCGGGAAGGAGAGGAGCUUAUGUUUAGCUACGGGGGUGUGGAGGAAGAGGGGGGAGAAGGGGAGGAUGGUGUGGGAGAGGAUUGGGAUGGGGAGGGGAUGAGGGAGGUGGAGGGGAGUGAGGGUGAGAUUGCAGGAGGGGGUGAUGGGGAGGGUGGGAGAAGGGAGUUUGAGGGGGGUGGGAGGGAAGAGUGUGCGAGGAGGGGUUGGGAGCAGCAGCAGCAGCGGUUGGUGAAGCGGAGCAAGUGUUGCUGUGGUUCAGUGCGGUGCAGCGGGUAUCUGCCAUAUGAUAUGGUGUGA